AAAAGAUGAUGUAGCAAUACGACAUCAAUAUGAAAAGUUUGGAGUAACUGAAUAUUAUAGACAAUUUGGAGCAAAAUAUAGAAAUCCACAUGAGGAACAAAUAAAAAUUAUUUUAAAAUUAAUUGUUGAACGAUGGCAUUUAUUAUCAGACUAUCGUGUACUCGACUUAGCAUGCGGCAGUGGUGAAUGUACUCUAGCAUUACGUUCACUCGGUUUCACAUCGAUCGAUGGAAUUGAUCCGUAUACAGCCGAUGCAUAUUACUAUCGAACGGGACAAAAAGCACAAACAUUUACAUUUGCAAAUAUAGCUGAUGGAUGUUUAGAAGAUUUCUAUGAUGUUAUUAUUUGUAGUUUUGCAUUACAUUUAGUUGAACAAAGUUGGCUACCAGCUCUAAUGAUACAAUUAAAAUUUAUUUCGAAUCGUUUAAUUAUUUUAUCACCUCAUAAACGUCCAUUCAUUUCGCCUGAGUGGGGAUGGAUAUUGAAAGAAGAAUUUGUAGAAAAUCGAAUUCAUGCAAAAUUAUAUACUACAGAUUUAACAGAAUGA